AUGCACAACGGCAGCAAACAUGCAAGCUUGUUUAGUGCCGUAGGGGGAGGAGGAGCGUUGAAGUCAAACGCCGCUGAGCAGCAGCAACAGCAGCAGAAGCAGCAACAGCAGCAGCAACAGCAACAGCAGCUGCAGCAACAGCAGCAGCAGCAGCUGCAGCUGCAGCUGAAACCAGUUAAGCCGCAGUCGCCUCCCCUCUUUGCCUUUCUUCUGUCUCGGAAUGACCAACUGCAGCAGCAGCAGGCGCAGCAGCAGCAAAUGCAGCAGCAGCAGCAGCUGCUGCAGAAGCAGCAGCAGCUGCAGCAGCAGCAGCUGCUGCAGCAGCAGCAAGAUGCUGCGAAUUAUUUUUGCUUUUGCUGUCUUUUCUUCUUAGUUUUUGCAUUUUCAACGCAGUAA